GUUUAAUUGUGUUGCAGUGGUUGCUUUGGAGUUAGGAAUGGCAAGUGAGCAUCUUGAUAACGACGAAUUCAUCGAGAAGUUUCACAUCCCGAGCUCGUUACUUGAGCAAGACACCGAGGUCCAAUGUCUGCCUUCCAAGCCCGAACACCCUGUUCUCGUGUUUAUCAACUCGAGAAGUGGUGGUCAGCUCGGAGGGGAGCUUCUCGUCACGUAUAGGUCCAUACUAAACGAAAAGCAGGUUAUCGAUUUAGGAGAAGAAGCUCCGGAUUCUGUACUUCGCAAGGUCUUUAUCAAUAUAGAAAGGCUGAAGGCUCGGGGCGAUGAAAGUGCUUCCGAAUUUGAGAUGAAUUUGAAGCUAAUUGUUGCCGGUGGAGAUGGUACGGCUGGAUGGCUUCUUGGGGUGGUUUCCGAUCUCAGGUUAUCUCAGCCGCCACCAAUCGCUACUGUUCCUUUAGGAACAGGAAACAAUCUGCCAUUUGCAUUUGGUUGGGGUAAGAAAAACCCGGGAACUGAUCGGAUUUCUGUGCUUUCGUUCAUGGAUCAAGUACGAAAAGCAAAAGAAAUGAAAAUCGACAGUUGGCACAUUCUGAUGCGAAUGAAAGCAAAACAAGCUUGUGAUCCGGUUGCUCCUCUCGAAUUGCCACACUCGUUGCAUGCAUUUCAUCGGGUUUCCUCGACAGAUGAUCUUAAUGUGGAAGGUUCUGAUACGUUUCGCGGAGGGUUGUGGAACUAUUUCAGCAUGGGCAUGGAUGCCCAGGUUUCUUACGCGUUCCACACCGAACGCAAGCUGAAUCCAGAAAAAUUCAAAAACCAGCUUGUUAAUCAGAGUACAUACGCGAAGCUCGGAUGCUCACAAGGAUGGUUUUUGCCUUCUCAUUUCAGUGGCGCUGCAAGCAUUUCUCAACUUUGUAAUGUUAAGAUCAUGAAAAAGCACACUACUGGUUGUUGGCAAGACCUGGAAAUCCCUAACAGCGUCAGAUCAAUCGUGUGCCUUAACUUGCCCAGCUUCUCCGGGGGACUAAAUCCGUGGGGAACACCGAGUAGCUAUAAACGUCGUGAUAGAGACUUAACCGCGCCUUACGUGGACGAUGGCCUACUCGAGAUCGUUGGCUUCAGAAACGCUUGGCACGGGCUUGUUCUACUCGCUCCAAACGGACACGGGACGCGUCUUGCACAGGCGCAACGUAUCAGAUUCGAGUUUCGUAAAGGGUCGGCUCAAGAAACGUACAUGAGGGUCGAUGGAGAGCCGUGGAAGCAGCCCCUCCCGGAGAACGAUGAGACAGUCGUGAUAGAAAUCUCUCAUCUUGGGCAAGUGAAGAUGCUUGCCACCCUUGAUUGUAGAGCCAAGAGCUCUCUCGACCCCUCGUCUCCCAUGGCGCACGACGUCGAUGAGAAGGACAGCGACGAGGAGGAUAAGGAGGUUGGAGAGGAAUGGAGGAAGUUUGGUGCAGCAGACACUUUCAGAAUUCCAGAUGAGGUUGAUUUAUCCCAUCUCAGUUGAUACUAUAAUUAAACUUUUUCUACAGCUGAUUAAUUUGGUAUUUGAGGCUCAAGAUUAGUUGGUUCUUCCAAAGAGAAAAUUAAGUUCAAGAUUAGUAAAUACAGAGACAGUUUGGUUGGUUAGA